CCGGCCACCCGGCCCCGGGCUCCGCGCCGUCUCCGGCCGUCGGUGCCAUGGGGAGCCGCUGAGUGCGGGGCCCUCUUCGCUCCGCCGGCUGCCCCGCUCGCUCCUCAGCUGCCGGCAGGGGGGAGGCCGGGGGGGGCGGCGGCCAGCGGGCGCGGGGGGCGGGCGGGGGGAGGGCGGGAGGGGGGCGAGACGCGAUCCCGGAGCGGCAAGUAAGCGAAGAGGAGCCGGCGGGCGGCGGCGGCGGGAGCGCGGGGACUUCGGGCCGCCGCGGAGUUCUGCUUUUUUUCCACCGAUCUAACAGACCUGGAGCCAGCAAGACUCAGAGGAAAGGACUUAAUCAGGUUUAUGUGUACUAAAGGUUAUGAAGACAGUAUGGAGUUUCCUGACCACAGCAGACAUUUGCUACAGUGUCUGAGUGAGCAGAGACAUCAGGGUUUUCUUUGUGAUUGCACUGUUCUGGUAGGAGAUGCCCAGUUCCGAGCACACAGAGCUGUACUGGCUUCAUGCAGCAUGUAUUUCCACCUCUUUUACAAGGACCAGCUGGACAAAAGGGACAUUGUUCAUCUGAACAGCGACAUUGUUACAGCCCCAGCUUUCGCUCUCCUGCUUGAAUUCAUGUACGAAGGAAAGCUCCAGUUCAAAGACUUGCCCAUUGAAGACGUACUAGCAGCUGCCAGUUAUCUCCACAUGUAUGACAUUGUCAAAGUCUGCAAAAAGAAGCUGAAAGAGAAAGCAACCACAGAGGCAGACAGUACAAAAAAGGAGGAAGACGCCUCAAGUUGUUCAGACAAAGUGGAGAGCCUCUCCGAUGGCAGCAGCCACAUGCCAGGAGACUUGCCCAGCGAUGAAGAUGACGGAGAAGAUGAAAAAUUGAACAUCCUGCCUAGCAAAAGGGACUUGGCGGCUGAGCCUGGGAACAUGUGGAUGAGAUUGCCCUCAGACUCAGCAGGCAUUCCCCAGACUGGCGGAGAGGCAGAGACGCACACAGCAGCAGCUGGAAAAACAGUAGCCAGCCCCUGCAGCUCAACAGAGUCUUUGUCCCAGAGGUCUGUCACCUCCAUGAGGGAUUCAGCAGAUGUUGACUGCGUGCUGGACCUGUCUGUCAAGUCCAGCCUUUCAGGAGUUGAAAAUUUGAACAGUUCUUAUUUCUCUUCGCAGGACAUGCUUAGAAGCAGCCUGGUUCAGGUGAAGGUUGAGAAAGAGGCUUCCUGUGAUGAGAGUGAUGUUGGCACUAAUGACUAUGAUAUGGAACAUAGCACUGUGAAAGAGAGCGUGAGCACUAAUAACAGGGUACCAUACGAGCCGGCCCACCUGGCUCCGAUGAGGGAAGAUUCGGUCUUGAGGGAGCUAGAUAGGGAAGACAAGGCGAGCGAUGAUGAAAUGAUAACUCCUGAGAAUGAGAGAGUCCAGGUGGAAGGAAACAUGGACAGCAGCUUGCUCCCUUACGUGUCAAACAUACUUAGCCCCGCUGGCCAAAUUUUCAUGUGUCCUCUCUGCAACAAAGUCUUUCCUAGCCCCCACAUCCUGCAGAUCCAUUUAAGCACGCACUUUCGAGAGCAGGACGGGAUCCGCAGCAAGCCUGCUACCGAUGUCAAUGUCCCAACCUGCUCCUUGUGUGGUAAGACUUUUUCUUGCAUGUACACCUUGAAACGUCAUGAGAGGACUCAUUCAGGUGAAAAGCCCUACACUUGCACCCAGUGUGGGAAGAGCUUCCAGUACUCCCACAACCUGAGCCGUCACGCAGUGGUUCACACGCGGGAAAAGCCUCACGCUUGUAAGUGGUGUGAACGCAGGUUCACGCAGUCCGGAGACCUUUACAGACACAUUCGGAAGUUUCACUGUGAGUUGGUGAACUCAUUGUCUGUCAAAAGCGAAGCACUGAGCUUACCUACUGUCAGAGACUGGACCUUAGAAGAUAGCUCGCAAGAACUUUGGAAAUGAAAUUUUUAUAUAUAUAAAUAAUAUAUAUAUAAAUCUAUAUAGUUGUGGUACAGUCUAAAAGCAAUCUUGUUUCCUUGAACUGAAAGUUUGACUAUUAGCUUGUUUUUUGCACUUUAAGGCAGCAUGAGUAUUUCACUAAUUUAGCACUCCGAUAAAAGUGAACUGUAGAGGUAAUCCGACAAAGUAAUAAAUUACGGAGCCUGUUUUUGCCCCCUUCUUGGAACAGAAGCCAGCGGAUGCUUUACUUCUAAGGAAUCUCCAGUUCAAAAAAUAAAUAAAUAAAUUUGGACGUGGCUUUAUUCUCCCCAAAACACUGCGUUCUUUUAAGCUCUCAAUCUGUUUCCUCUUAAAAUAUGAGCGUAGAAAUCUCCCAAUUUUGUCAGUUCCUUUACAUUUCUAUAAUUGCAUGAAACCUUUCUAGCUGUUGGAAACCUGAAUGCUUUUAGACCCAAAUGGAAAAUUUCUGAAAUGCUGGAUUAUCUAUUUUUAAACAAGCAGUUGACUUAAAACUUAUUAUGGCAACUUCUGGAUUUCUGACAGUUCCCACUGGAAAAAAAACAAAAAACCAAAAACCGACAAAAAAAAACCGACACAAAAAAACCCAAACCCAUAAAACAAAAACCCUGAGAGUACACUGGGAUCGCUGGGACUCUGUCUUACAUGAAGGUUUGCUUGGGAUGAAAAAAGGAUAUUGCAGCUUCAGCAGUGAUGAACUGUGUGUUUAAAAAUGUGAAUUACUGUUAUUGUAUACUGUAAUUGAUUACAUGGGCCGGGGGGAGGUAUCAAAGAACUUGGCAGGUUGUGUUGAUGCUCUUAGUUGAGUCUUGAAAAGUAAAUAUUAACGCUACAGAAAUGCAUGAUUUUCAGUAUAUUUUUGUCUUUGUUUGCAUUGUAUAACUUUAAUGAGUGAGUUGAGAAUUAUUUAAUUUCCUUAGGAAGAAAACAAAAACCCGACACUGCUGAAAGUGCCGGUGUUACGAAGAAGAGAAAUGCACUGUUUUUAUUUUACCUAAUUUAAAUUUACUUUCCCACUGUUUAAGUUGAGAAGAACUGAAGCUACGAGUUGCUGAUUUAGCUACCUUAACAAGGGAAAAUUAAAAAAAAACAAAAAAACAAACCCUGAAUGUUUACAACCAGGCUUCGAGAUUUGCAUGUACGAUGUGCAUUUACUAACCCCACACCCCUUUCUAAUUGCACAGACCCCACGCCAGCUCCAACUGAGGUGCGUCCAUUUCCCCAGAUGAGCAAUUGCAGGAUUCCUGCUGCACCACUCCACCACAAUAGGUCGUUCUUUUUUUUUCUCCCGCCUC